UUUUAUGCUCAAAACCGAAUAAAACUGCUAACACCGCUAAUAUCCGGAGAAAGAAGAAGGAGAAGAUAUAUGAAGAAAACGCUGAUAGAACUGAGUCGAAGUGGUGGGAAAGCAUGAACCCUCCAAGUUGCAGUGAUGAUGAAUUUUGCGCGAACGAAUGUAACAACAACAUAGCAAUAUCAAUGCACGAAAAAGGUGGUGGUGGAGGAGGAGGAGGAGUACUUCCAAAAAGAAUAAUAGUAGUUCGUCACGGUGAAUCACAAGGAAACUUAGAUCCAGGAGCAUACACAACAACACCAGAUCACAGAAUUCCAUUAACAUCACAAGGCAUUUCACAAGCACGUUUAACUGGUUCUCAAAUUCGCCAUCUCAUUUCUUCUUCAGCUUCUUCACCUGAUUGGCGUGUUUAUUUCUAUGUUUCACCUUAUGCACGAACCAGAUCUACUCUCCGUGAAAUUGCUAGAUCUUUUUCUAAAAAACGUGUUAUUGGUGUUAGAGAAGAGUGUCGUAUUCGUGAACAAGAUUUUGGUAAUUUUCAGGUUCAGGAACGUAUGAAUGCUAUUAAAGAAACUCGUCUUCGUUUUGGUAGAUUCUUUUAUCGUUUCCCUGAGGGAGAGUCCGCUGCCGACGUUUUCGAUCGCGUUUCGAGUUUUCUUGAAUCUAUGUGGAGGGACAUUGACCAGAACAGGCUUAAUCAUAACCCUUCAAACGAUUUGAAUCUGAUAAUUGUGUCACAUGGGUUGGCUUCUCGAGUUUUCCUUAUGAGGUGGUUUAGAUGGACAGUUGAACAAUUUGAACUUCUCCACAAUUUCGGAAACUGUGAGUUCCGUGUGAUGCAGUUGGGGAGUGGCGGAGAGUACAGCUUGGCAGUUCACCAUACAGACGAAGAACUGCUAGAGUGGGGACUUUCUCCUGAUAUGGUAGCCGAUCAGAAAUGGCGUGCCAAUGGCAGCAGGGGUACCUCGAAUGAUCAAAGUCCCCGCUGCCUUGAAGCAUUUUUUGAUCUCAUUCCUGAUUCUGAUGAGGAGAGUGAGUACACAGAAGACAAAACAAAUUCUUCGAGUGAGUUCACAGAAGACAAAACAAAUUCUUCGAGUGAGUGUAGUGAACAAUAGGCUGUUCUUUCUUUCUUUUAUUGGAUAAUUGUAAAUUAGUUUCUAGAAAAGAAGGUAGCAGAUACAAAUUGAUAAUAGGUUGUUCCUUGCUAGUUAGCACUUCUAAUCGGUUCAUCAUCAUCAUCAUCAUAAAAUUGACACUCAAUUGGUGCUCUCGACAAAUGCUUCUAAAGAAUUGACAAUAUUUAAUUGUGGGUAGAUUCAAAGCAAUUUAAUACAUUUGGUAGGGAGUAGGGACGGCUUUGUUUUAUUGAUCCUGCAUAAUUGUUUAUAGAGUAUGUAUAUGUUAAAGAUUGUACUCAGUUUGUGAUCCUCAAAGUUUAUGAGUAUAGGAUGCAUUUAUUCUUCUCAACAUGUACAAAGGAAUGAAAACACGUUGCCUUGGGAGUCUAUUGAAGGCAGUUCUAUUUUAUGUUUGCAGGUGAUUGAUUUCAA